GCGUUGCUUCUAGCUUGACCUUUGAGUCCAAACAGAAGCAGGUUGAUGCUCGCGCUCAAAAUAAACAGAAAAAAAUAAUCACUGGGAGGACGACGUGCGCCGCUUCCACAGGAUGUUCAGACACUCCCCCGACACAGAACUGGUCGUACUGGUCGGCAAUCACGACAUCGGUUUCCAUUAUGAGAUGGACUGGUUCAAGCUGCAGCGCUUCGAGAAGGUCUUCAACGCCUCCUCCACCAGGAUCGUCACCAAAAAGGGAGUCAACUUCCUGCUGGUGAACAGUGUGGCGCUGCACGGUGACGGCUGCCCCAUCUGCCAGUCGGUGGARAAGGAGCUGAUCCGACUCUCCAGAGACCUCUACUGUUCUCUUCAGAACGCUCAGUCCAACGGCGAAGGGAAGGAAAACUGCGAGGGCGCGCGCUCGUACCCRCCCACCGCCCCCAUCAUGUUGCAGCAUUAUCCUCUGUUCAGAGUGAGCGACGCCAGCUGCACCGGCCAGGACGCCGCGCCGCCCGAAGAGCGCCACCUGCUGUUCAGAGAGAAGUACGACGUGCUGUCGAAGGAGGCGUCUCAGCGGCUGCUCCGCUGGUUUAAGCCCCGCCUCAUCCUGAGCGGACACACCCACAGCGGCUGCGAGUUCCUCCACGACAACAAGUACCCKGAAAUCAGCGUGCCGUCGUUCAGCUGGAGGAACAGAAACAACCCCAGCUUCAUCCUGGCGUCGGUGUCCUCCAGCAGCUACAGCCUGUCCAAGUGUUUCCUGCCGGAGGAGAGCACGGUGAUCGGGGUGUACUGCUCGGCCGGAGCCUGCCUGCUGCUGCUGCUCCUGGCCCACUGUCUGUGGGUGAAGGGUCUGCUGCAGCUCAGCCUCUGCCUGCUGGGGAAGCACAAGUCUCUCUGAACUACGUUACCCAGAGUGCACCUGGUGUUCAACGGAGCCGUUUCCUGCUCCUCGUCCUCUGAGUUGAAGGCCUGUCGGCCCCGAUACAGACUUUGUGUUUUAGAUGUUUUUAAAGUUUAUCAGUGCUGGCAUUGAUGAUUAUAACGAAGUGAACACCGACUUCACGAAAACACGACUUUUAAGAGAUGGAUUAAAGAUGUAUAAAUAUUUUGUCUGAUUUAUGUUGGAGGUUCAUGUCUCUUAAGUCAUAAAACACACAGAUCCUGUUUGUUUCCUGUUCCUGAAGGUUCGUCCUUCACGGCUUCUCUUUUUGUUUCACUGAUGCACAACACAACGUAUUUAUCUUUGACUUUUUGUGCCAAACCUUUUCUGAUGAGCUGUAGGAAAUAAAGUUUUCUGUGCAAUAAACAAAGAACUGUGUUGGAUAAAUAUGAAA